AUGACAUUCGUAUUUGAUCCCCCCUAUGCCAGAGUGAUGUUUGCGAAAGGAAUAAACAGGCACAACCCAGAACUCAAGCUGUCUGAACAUGAACCCGCCGGUGAUUGGCUGGUGGCCUAUGACAUCGUCACUGUAUUGACAAAGAGGACGGGAUAUUGCUCCAGUUACGGCUGCUAUUACGAUUCGGACUGUGUGGUGCAGUCUGGUGGCGUAUGUACCUUGUGUCAACAUUAUAGAGUUGACAACUAUUGUUCGGGAGGAAUGACCAACGCCAUCGGCAUAUGCCAUCCGAAGGGGUGCUUGAAGGCGGUCGACACGCCAAAGAAGGAUGGUGAGAUGGACGCCAGCUACUACCAACGGAUGGACGAGUUGCACUGGACGUAA